GCAUAAGCGUCACGCCCUUACGUGAAACAGGAAAUGCCGACCAGAGCCGAUUUCUCUUCUCUACUUAUCUCGCUGCCUACCUAGACUCGAUUGAAUCUACCGCACUUCUAUAGAAACCAACCAUAGGAACUAGUCUGGCUAACCACCAUAUCAUUGUCUUUCCUCCGACUACAAGGAUCUUAACUCGAUUAUAGUUUAUUACAACAGAAAACAUGCCGGCCUGGAAGGUUGAGCGCUGCACAGCGGCCGACGCCGCGGCACUAGCUCGUAAUAACAUGAGCGCCUUCUGGGAGGACCCAAAUUGGAACCUGAUAUGGCCGAAGGAAACCACACGGGAACUUCUGAUUGCAAAUGCUACAAAGCGAUAUCCGCACACCCUCGUAACCGACCGCGAGAAGAAGCGCCACGAGAAAGCUGUGGACCCGGUCACCGGCGAGCUCGUUGGAUACGCGCGCUGGAUCCUCCCGUCCGAACAUCGCACCACAAAAGAUGGUAGUCCGGAGUGGGCCGAGGCGCAGGUCCCGGAUGUCAGCGACGAGGAAAGGACCCGGUCUGGAGAGCUAGCCAAGUCGGCGCGGUGGAGUGCGAGAAAAGAAGUAGACGGUAUGGACGACAAGAACGACGAGGUGAUGGACCGUCUCCUGGCGGAGGGAACCUAUAUCCAGCUCGAAUACCUAGCUGUCCACCCCGACAACAAAGGCAAGGGGAUAGCCAGCGCACUCGUCGAGAGCGGUAUCAGACACGCCGAGAAAAUCGGCGUCCCCUUAUUUACAAUGUCCUACAAAGCUGGCCGGGGCGUCUAUGCGCGACUUGGCUUCAAAGAGGUCGAAAGGGUGAUCCAGGACGCCGCGAAGUAUGGCGGAAAAGGAGAGUACGGGGCUUAUUUCAUGGUUUACGACGUCCCUAAGAAGACAUAAACAAGAGCAAAUGGUCGGGUACCGGCUUGCGCGAAGAUGAGGAAUGAUGUAAUUGCCUCCUAGAUUGCUAACGGGUAGUUACAUAUAUUAAUUCCAGAAUGGUUUAGAG